GCUCCAGGUGCCCUCGGGGGACUGACUGGGGGAGGAAGAGUUGGGAGCCUCCCGUGCCUGGCAUCCAGGGGUUUGGUUAAUCUCCUUUCAAAGCCAUUCGCGUUAUUGUCAUUGGCGCAUCUUGAGACAGAGCGAGAAGCGAAUUACGGGCUGUUUGAAGACUCUUCCUGCGAGUCCCAGAGCUGGCUAGGGAGGGAGCGGAAAACUGUCUUAGGCCAGCCACGAUCCAGCGAGCCCCUGAUGCCCACGGCCAUGGCGGAUUCUGAGGACCCCCCUCAACCCGCUCCUGGCGAGGCCAGCGAGACGCCCAGCGACGAGGCCUCCCCGCAGAACGAAGGGUUCCCUCUCUCGGCGCUGGCCGACCUCUUUGAGAACGAGGACGGGGCCUCCUCGGCAGACGCUGCCCGGAGCCCGCCAGGGUCAGGGGACGGCAAGCAGAACCUGCGGAUGAAGUUCCACGGGGCGUUCCGCAAAGGGGUCCCGAACCCCAUGGACUUGCUGGAAUCCACCAUCUAUGAAUCGUCCGUCGUGCCCGGGCCCAAGAAGGCCCCCAUGGACUCUCUCUUUGACUACGGCACGUACCACCACCACCCAACUGACAACAAGCGAAGGCGCAAGAAAGCCCUGGAGAAGAAAGCCCCCAGCACCAAGGGUCCUGCUCCCAGCCCACCCCCCAUCGUCAAGGUGUUCAACCGGCCCAUUCUUUUCGACAUUGUCUCCCGGGGGUCUACGGCGGACCUGGACGGCCUCCUCCCCUUCCUGCUGACCCACAAGAAGCACCUGACGGACGAGGAGUUCCGAGAACCUUCCACGGGGAAAACCUGCCUCCCCAAGGCCCUGCUGAACCUGAACAACGGCAAGAACGACACCAUCCCGAUGCUGCUGGACAUUGCGGAGAAAACGGGCAGCAGGCGGGAGUUCAUCAACUCUCCCUUUCGAGACGUCUACUACCGAGGGCAGACGGCUCUGCACAUCGCCAUUGAGCGGCGGUGCAAACACUACGUGGAGCUGCUGGUGGAGAAAGGGGCCGAUGUCCACGCGCAGGCCAGGGGCCGCUUCUUCCAGCCCAAGGACGAGGGCGGCUACUUCUAUUUUGGCGAGCUGCCCCUCUCCCUGGCAGCCUGCACCAACCAGCCGCACAUCGUCCAGUACCUGACGGAGAACGCACACAAACAGGCCGACCUGCGGCGGCAGGACUCGCGCGGCAACACGGUGCUCCACGCGCUGGUGGCCAUUGCGGACAACACUCGCGAGAACACCAAGUUUGUCACCAAGAUGUACGACCUGCUGCUGAUCAAGUGUGCCAAGCUCUUCCCCGACACCAACCUGGAGGCCCUGCUCAACAACGACGGCCUCUCGCCCCUCAUGAUGGCUGCCAAGACCGGCAAGAUUGGGAUCUUCCAGCACAUCAUCCGCCGUGAGAUCAAGGAUGAAGACGCGCGGCAUCUCUCCCGCAAGUUCAAGGACUGGGCCUAUGGACCCGUCUACUCCUCGCUUUACGACCUGUCCUCCUUGGACACCUGCGGCGAGGAGGUGUCCGUGCUGGAAAUCCUGGUCUAUAACAGCAAGAUCGAGGCUCCUCCCUUUCUGCUCGUCGUGGGGAAAGCCCGUAGCUUAGUGGCAAAGGGCCUGCUUGGCACACAGAAGUUCCCCGGUUCGGUCCCCAGCAUCUCCAGCUAA